AUGCCCCUGGAUUGCGUAGUAUCUGACCAGGACGAGGGAGGUCCAGUGCGCAACUCUUCCCUGGCCACCAGCCCUGGCUACCUGGAAGCGAGGGAACAGAUUGAGCCGAAGAGGAAACCGUUCAGCUGGAGAACCAAAUACACGCCUGCCCAGAAGGGACAUCCUGUUGAGUUUCUUUAUGCUGUUGGAGGAUUAAGCCGCAGCGGCAACGUCAGUGGUGUGGAGCGUUACAGCCCCUUGGACCAUGAGUGGAAAGUCCUCGGCUCGGUCUCCAGGCAUCGCCGAAGCCUGGGGGUUGCGUCUCUGCACGGCUCCAUCUAUGCGGUGGGCGGCCAUGAUGGCGUCGUGUGUCUCAGCAGUGUCGAGAGGUACGAACCUGAACUGAAUGAGUGGAAACGAGAUGUGGCUCCACUGAGCGAACCCAAGCGAGACGUAGCUGUGGCGGAGAUGGGAGGGUACCUCUACUGUGCGGGUGGAUACAAUGGGCUGAUUUGCAUCAACACCGUGGAGAGGUAUGACCCUCAGCUCAACAGAUGGCACAAGGUGGCACCGAUGAACCGUCGCCGGAGGGGUCUGGGCUUGGCUGUGCUGGAUGGCUACCUGUAUGCCGUCGGAGGCUCCGAUGGGCAUUUCCCAUUGCAUUCAGUGGAGCGAUACGACCCCGUGGAGGACAGGUGGAGCCCCUGCGCCCCUUUGCGGUCCUGCCGGGAGAACCUGGGAUGUGCCAUCUUUCGAGGGCAGCUCUACGCCGUCGGGGGGCGCGACGACAUCACAGAACUGUGCAGCGCCGAGCGCUUCGACCCUCUCGCCAACGAGUGGGCUGCAGUCACACCCAUGAAGUCCAAAAGGAGCAAGGUGAGUCUUGUGGCAGCCAAUGGCUACCUCUUAGCCAUCGGGGGUUAUGAUGGUAUCGUCCACGUGACCACCGUGGAAGCCUUUGACCCGGAAAUCAAUGCGUGGAGGCGUUUCGGCAACACACAGACCCGUCACCCCGGUGGAGCUGUCGCCGUGGUCAAAACCCUUCCCGACGAUCCGGAAUUUUCUGAAUUGCCUCAGAGCAGAUAAAAAGCAAAACCCGAUUCUGGACUCUGGUUUUGGGGUGGGGGCGUGAUUUUAUUUCGCUCAGACUGGUCAGCGACAGGAGUCCAGGGAAGCGGACUGGUUAGCACAGCAUGCAGCGAUGACUAGAACGUGGAAGAUGGAUCCUUGGCUCCGCAGUCUCUGCCUGGCAAGUGUGGGGGCUACCUUGCCAGUGCCCCCUGCUGCUUUUUUCUCCUCAGCUUCGCUCCCAUUCCGUCUUUCCACCCUUUCCCUUCUUCCCAAGUUGCAUCCGUAGCAUGACUCCAAGGCUGGAAAAGAAAUCUUGCUCCUUUGUUUCUUGGGCAUCACCCAACUUCUCCUCCCCUUCUGUGGGGGGGGGGGCAACUUGUGGGCCAAGAGAGAGAAGGGGAAGUCCAAGGGAAAGGGCUGUGUGUCUGCCCCCCCCCCCCCGCCUUUGGUUCUGUCCACCUUUGGCUUCAUUACCAGCUGUCGUGUGACUCUGGGCAGGUGACCCCAGAGGGAAAUUCGCCCGUGGACACACGAAUAUUCUCCAUCUUGCUCUGCUGAAAAGAACAGCUUCACCCACGUAGAUGUACCUUCUUCCCCUGUUCCCCCUUGUCACUCCAUUUUGCUCCUCUCCCAACACGUGUAUCCAAUGUAAGCUCCUUGGGGCAGGGAUCUGCUGCCUUGCUUACGCUGGGUGAGCGCCGUGCCUAUUGAUACCACUGGUAAUAAUGUUCAAAGGAACACGGAAGAAAUUGACACAGCAAUGAGAUUUUUUUAGGUGCCUGGGCCACACAUCCGUCCUUGCUUUCCAGUCUUUUUCUCAGCUGAAAACAACUUGAAACUUCAGAAGCUGCAGGGUUAAUUCUUUCCUUUCCGAGCUGCAAUGUUCGCUGGACUGGAGGCAAUGAAGUAAGAAAGAAACAUCCAUUCUAUCUCACUCCCACACAUUUUAUUUGGUGCCUCUUCGGUUUGGCUCCCACAAACGUCAGAAAGGUUUAAAACAAACACAGCACUGAACUUUCAGUUUUCUUCAGUCGACCUACGGGGUUUAUCCUUGGUAGUCGGAAGGCAGUCUUAAUUAAACAACAGGGAUGUUCUUUAACUUCCCAGUGCUCUUUGGCCUCCGUCCUCUAUGCCCUCUUGCAAGAACAAAUACAUCUUUGGCACAGCCUAUUUAUUAAACCAGCUUGGUGAAGAUGGCUGAGGGGAAAGAGAUGACCUGUUUGUCACUCAAGGCCUCCUUCCCUGCAUGCGCUGCUGCUCCAUCUCUAGCUGGGUUUGCUCACCUCCAGAGAGAGAAAUCAGCCACCGAGAACCCACCGCAGCAAUCGGGAAAUGCACCCCUGGAUGCAUAGCCAGAAGUGUGGCUUCCGGAUCUAGGGAGGUGUUGAUGCCACUCCAUACAACUCUGGUGUGCCCACAACUGGAGUACUGAGUCCAUUUCUGGCUCCACGUUAUAGGAGAGACAUCGCUAGGUUAGGAUCGAUCCAGUGCAGGGUCACGAGGAUGGUUGCUGGGUUGGGAGGGAUGACAUUGGAGGAGAGAUGGAGGGAACUGGGUCUCUUCAGCCUGGAGAAGAGGAGACGCCGAGGGGAUCUUUGAGCGAUUUGUAGGGAUGUGAGGGGAUGUCAUGUGGAGGAGGGCCGGGACUUGUUCUUCCCUGCAGUGGAGGGCAGGAUGCGGUCCCAUGGGGCCAAGCUCAAGGCACCAGGCUUCAGGUUGGAUGUCAGGAAGUGCUUCUUGAUGGUUAGGACCCCUAGG